CGCAUUUUCUUCUCGGGAAGACGCAUUGCAUAGACGGCGUUUGAUCUUGUACUCCCUUACUUUCAUCACAUGUACAUACAACGAAUCCCUCAUUGUAUUCACUUCCAUACCAGAUCAACAGCUUCCUACGAGCUUCCAUCCUCGAAAGCUUCAGAGCAUGAACCGGUAGCUUCAACUCUUUGACGCGCUCUGCGCAACAACGCGACCUUCGAGUGCGAAUUGUUAGAAAACAUACCAUGGCAGACCGAAUACCAAUCCUCCCCAGUCGCAAAAGAAAGCGGAGAAGAUUAGAUAAAUCUGCCAUAUCUGCCAGACUUGUAUUGGACGAUCAUGUGAAAGGAGAUGUUGGCAUAUUGUCCGAGGAUCUAUUCGCAGAUUUGUUUCCUACAAUAGCUGAUGCUCACGAGAAUGGAAACGGACAUUCAAACCUUCCAGAGUUCCAUCAUGUCGCAAUAUCUCCCUGGGGCCCCUCAGCACUCGUCGAAGAUUCAACUUGGUCCGUAGUUCCUGUUCGUCCUUCCAGCGCUCUCGCACAUUCGACUGUACAAUUCUCCCCGUCGUCUCUGGCACUUCAGGGCUUCGCAGAAGCUCUGCAGAAAGUCGCUCCCUCGAAAAUAUCUAGUCAUAGCAGGAGCGGUAUUGAAAUCAGGAUACUGGACAUUAUACCUCUUCCGCUGGAGACUGUCUUUGUGACAAUCGAGGGCGAAUUAGCCAAACGGUUGGAAAAUGGAGAAGGAACAUUUCAUGCAGAGCACACUCGAACAAAUGGACUUCCCAAUGGCAAAUCAACCUCUCAAAUACCGGAAGAUCGGCUGACUGCUGCAUUGAGGGAAGCUCUAGGAUCUUUGAAGGUUGUUCAUACGGGGGACCUGUUCUCCCUCCCUCUGCCACCACAUCCAAUCACCCAUAUUCCACCUCCACCAGCAAAGGUCACUCUCUGUGAACCUGUCGGACAAGGGACAUUGUCUGGACGUACCAAGAUCAUCAUAACGCAAACUGGUCAUCAUGACAAGGGAGUUAAGAAGUCCCCGGCAUUACCAGUAAAUCGUGUUCUCAAUGGAGUACAAGAAGAUGACGAAGAUACCUCUAACGACCAAUUCUAUUCUGCUGCUGAGGAUCGGUACAAGACCGACGCUGCAAUAGAAGAGGACGAUACCACGGAGACGGAAGAUGAGCAAUCAGAGGAUAACGAUGAUCUAUCGGAUGACUCUAUGGACGACAUGAUUUCAUUGCAUGCUCCCAUGCUACCAGCUCAUAAUGCAAGCGGGAUAUCUACGAUUCAACCUGGUACUCCGCGAACGGUUGGACGUGGCAGACGCACAGAUGGAAUCAAUACCCCAGGAUCUGUCUUUUCCACUUUCACUUCCGCGACACUCCGUGCAGGUGGUCCACAAGGCCGUUUAUUUAAAGUUCAAGGGCUCAUGCAAACUCUUCCCGAAGCAAUGCUUCAUCCGAAGCCAAGUUCCGAUGAUGAUGAAGAAGCUCGAGUAUUUGUUGAUAUUACUUCCCUGACUAAAAUUGGUUGCUUCUCUGGGGAUUGGGUUCGACUUGAAGCUGCGUCUGAACCUCCACCGCAAGGCGGAGGCUUAUGGGGGCUUGGUAGCUUUGGUCACGUCGAACAGGAAGAUCCUCUUUGGCGUCCGGUCAAGGUAUUCGGUCUUCCAGAAAAUUACUCUCAUCGUCCAGUGACGAGAAUACCCAGCAGUAAGCAAGGAGAAAGACGGAUGUCGUUCUUUGAGAAUCAAGUUAAGAAGCCUUCAAGUUCUACAGUAUACUGUUCUCCGAUAUUGUUGGCAAAUAUGGAGAAUACUCCGUACUGCAGGAUCGCGCCACUAAAGCGGGGUCCUCAGCUUAUGAAGAUCCCACAGCCAAAAAUCACUGGUUCGUCAAAACCGCCAUUUGCGAGAGAACUUACUCUGCAGAAGAUCUCGACACCAUUUUCCACCGAACGUACACUGCAAAAUGCCCUGUUCGCUGGCUUGAAGCAGUACUUCGCGAGUCGUACACGAAUUGUUCGAAAGGGUGAUCUCAUCGGAAUUCCAAUUGACCAAGAACUUGGUCGCACGUUAUAUCAGCCAGCAGGAGGAGAUGAUCUCGACAUUGAAAAUCUCCUGUCAAACAGUACAAUAGACGACCCGAGGCCAUCAAAGCCUGCAAAGGUGACCGGUGUUGGAUGGUUUAAAAUAGGUUAUGUGGGUAUCGCAAAGGAAGAUGCAGAAUCCAGCGAAGACGAUGAUUUCUGGGGAGGAGUUGCAGCAAUCGACGCAUCUUCUACACAUAUGAUGCAGUCUGGCAGCGAAAACAGGAGAUUACCAGCAACUAUGGAAAGCACUUGGGAGUAUUACCUUGGACUGAAAUCGAUGUCUAAGUCCGAAGUAGAUUCGACGUCGAUGCCAGAACCGAGGAAACAUCAUGUUUCUGCACUUCAACGACGAUUGCGAGAGUUGAUCGCGGCUGCAACUAGUCCUCGAGCUAUUCAUCUGGAAUUACAGCCAUUGGCCAUUCUUCUCGUGUCAACACAACGAAAUAUUGGAAAAGCUACUAUGGCGAGCCGAGCAAGUGCAGACAUAGGUCUGCAUACCUUUACAAUUGAUGCAUAUGACAUGGUUAGCGAAGGAGGAGCUGGUAGUGAUGUAAAGACAGCUGGACUUCUCGAAGCCCGCGCCGAAAGAGCAAUGGCAUGUGGAUCUGAGUUCUGCUCCUUGCUUAUUCGACAUAUCGAGGCACUCACUGCUGACCGUAUGGUUACUACACUGAAGGAGAUAGUGGCCAAUGCUCGAGUUGUCGUUGCGACUACCACGGAAGUGGAUAAGAUUCCAGAUGGUGUCCGGGGUCUGUUUACUCACGAGCUCGAAAUGAAUGCUCCUGAUGAAUGGGAGCGAGAAGGCAUUCUCAGAGGCAUCAUUGACGAGCAACCAGUAGCUUUAGCUCCAGACGUGGACCUUAGUGCUGUAGCUGUCAAAACGGCUGCACUUGUAGCUGGUGAUCUCGUUGAUGUGGUUGAUCGUGCACUCGUUGCAAGGAAUACUCGUCUAGAAUAUCUUGCAUUAUCUUGCUCUGAUGCCGAAACAUCUGUUGCGGUGCGAGAUGUUCUUGUGGCUGGAGGACCGGCAGGUCGAUGUCUAACCAAGGCAGACUUUGAGCUUGCUGUUGAAGCAGCACGCAAGAACUUCGCUGAUGCCAUUGGAGCUCCAAAGAUACCUAAUGUCAGCUGGGACGAUGUUGGUGGGUUGACGGAUGUCAAGGAUGCUGUCAUGGAGACUAUACAAUUGCCACUGGAACGGCCAGAACUGUUCGCCAAGGGUAUGAAGAAGCGAUCUGGUAUUUUGUUCUACGGUCCUCCUGGUACUGGCAAGACUUUGCUUGCCAAAGCUAUCGCCACAGAAUUCAGUCUGAACUUCUUCAGUGUCAAAGGACCCGAAUUACUCAACAUGUACAUCGGAGAAUCAGAGGCAAAUGUCCGUCGCGUGUUUCAGCGAGCCAGAGAUGCACGACCAUGUGUUGUGUUCUUCGAUGAAUUGGAUUCCGUUGCACCAAAGCGAGGAAAUCAAGGAGAUAGUGGUGGUGUUAUGGAUAGAAUCGUAUCCCAACUUCUAGCUGAGCUUGACGGCAUGUCAGAUGGCGAAGAUGGCGGCGGUGGAGUUUUCGUCAUUGGUGCCACCAACAGACCUGAUCUUCUCGACGCAGCUCUACUCCGACCUGGUCGAUUCGACAAGAUGCUUUACCUAGGCGUCAGCGAUACACACGAGAAACAGCUCACUAUUAUGGAAGCAUUGACUCGAAAAUUCACACUCCACCCCUCACUCUCCCUACCUCGGGUCGCAUCCCGCCUCCCAUUCACCUACACAGGAGCAGAUUUCUACGCUCUCUGCUCCGACGCCAUGCUCAAAGCCGUCACCCGCCAAGCCUCCCUCGUUGACUCCAAGAUCGCUCAGAUCAACAACGAAAAUAUCGCAGCAGGCAAGAAUAAAAUCUCAACAGCGUACUUUUUCGAUCAUUUUGCGAAAGAGGAAGAUGUGGCUGUAAUGGUCACGGAAGAGGACUUCGUGGAGGCGGAGCGGGAGUUGAUUCCUAGUGUUAGUGUGAAGGAGUUGGAGCAUUACGGGAAGGUGAGGAGUAUGUUUGAGAAGGUUGAGGAGGCGGAGAAGGGGGAGCGGCAGAGGAGUAAUGGGAAGGGGAAAGGGAAGGAGAAGGUUGUGGAUAGGAAGGGGAAGGGGAAGGAUAGGAGUGCGGGGAGGUGGGAUGAGGGGAGUGAUGAUGAGGAUAAGGGGUUCUUUGAUGAGAGAGUUAAUGGACAUGGUGCGAAGGGGAAGGGGAAGGCGGUUGAUAUGGGGUUUCAGCAGGAGGGGGAGGAUGAGGAUUUGUAUUGA